AUGGAAGAGCAGCACGCCGGCGAUCCCCUCCGAGACGUCGACACCACAUCCGAUCCUGCAAGCUCUACGACGCUGUCCUCCUCCGAGUUGACUCUGCGCUUCCCCCGCCCACAAGGCAACCGCCAUCUAGCUAGCUGGAUCUCUUCUAGCGAGCCCGACAUCAUGAACCCCUCCGACGCAACCGACGACGACCACUUGGCCGAGUCUUCCUUCGAGUUCAUCAAUACAGACGACGAUCUUGAGAGCCAGGAUGAUAGAGGAACUGAGGUUGAGACUGAGGCUGAGUCUCUGAGCUCCUUCGACUACGCUCGACCUGAUGAUGUCCAUAGUCUCGACGGCAUCGAGCGUACCGAUGACACUGCCAGUCGCUCUGACAUGGAUUCGGAUAAUGAGGACGAUGCUGCCGAGGAUCGAUCAAGAGCUUCCUCGAUUCAGUACGCGGAGCAGAGCCUCAUGAAUCCGUCUUCUCGGGUGCCUACGCCUCCCCUGGAGCGUCAGAGUAUUUCCAGCGCCCCCAACACAGAGAACAUCACCCACAACCAUGUCACACACUAUUUCCAAGAGCCGAACCCUCUUUGCUCUGUUUCUGUUAUUCAGGUCAUGGCUCAGUCAUAUCUGCUCAACAAGGGCCCUCUUCGGAUCUUAUAUCAGGGCGACCCUUCGGCUAAGAACGACAUCACUGACAAGCUCACCUCGGCCUUAGCGGCUUCUCCCUCGCCGCAAGAGGAUGAUAUCACCGGCGAUACAUGUGAUCCUUCCUCCAAGGACCUGCAGGUGAAGACCUGCACGGCCGCCAUGGAAACGGUCUAUCAGGGAGAGCAAGUUUACUCAAUCACUGUCGACAAUAACCGGACGUUCCAUUCAGAGUUUGCCUCUGGCGGUGCCGUCAUCACACCGCACUGGACCGUUCCCCAUCUGGCCGUCUUCUUUGUCACGGAGAACGACGAUGAGGCUGUUCGCCAGGCUCGCGCGGUAACUUGGGGGUUUGUGCAGCGACAUGCAAUUCCUCAUGUGUUCAUUUCGAGCACCGAGCUUUUUGAGGAGCAGCCCACCGAGGACUGGAGCGACAAGAUCAACCAACACGGCCCCCAUCGAUGUGUGGAGUUCUCUGAUCGAGAUAUUACCCCUGUCAGGCUGCCAAUUGACCUCAAGUCUUUCAAAGAGAUUGAUGCCCGUCAGAUGAACCGCAACCUUGCCUAUCUGACUGGCCUCUACAAGACCGAGGAUGAGCGUCAGACAGGAGCAUGCUCCGAGCUCUACGCGCAAUCACUGAAGCAGCUCCGCCGUGCUCGCCAGUAUGUGGUCUCAAAGUCAGAAGACCUCGACCUCUGGUCAGUUGCGCAGUAUUCCGGCCUUUCUGUCAUCCUCAUCACGGCCCUGCUCCUUGGCAACUGGCACCUGUCCGGCUCGUCCGCAACCGUACCGGCAGUUUCGACUUCUGCUGUCCCUACCCCUGUCGUGUCUCCUACUCCAGUGUCGGUAUCCACUUCCACCAUUACCAUCAACCUCACCUCAACAACAACGAUCAGAGUUCCGCAGGCAAAGACUUCGCAGGGGAGCACGGCUAUUGCACCAUUUGCUGAGCUUGCCGACUUCUUCGCUGACAAGUUCCCCGAGUCUCCAAAGAACUAUGUCUGUUCAGCAGACAAGCACAGCCGCAACGAGAUUCUGGUCAGGAUUCCCUCGGGUACCAAGACUUCAUGGCUUGCCAAGGAUUCCAUCAGCAUCGAUGUUCUCAAGGGCGAAAGAUCCGUUAAGACCAAGUUCUCAUCCACCGAUGAGGGCAUCAUCAUCGAGAUCCCAAGGAAGGAAGCAUAUGGCGUAGUGACCGUCGCCGUCAAUACCACACGGAAGCCCAAGGUCAACGAGACCUUCUUCGUUGACUUUGGCAAGUCAGCAUUCGAGGAGUGCCUUGGCUUUGGAAAGUCCGUCGCUGCCGGCAUUUACAGCGCUGCUCAGCGCGGCGCAGAGCAGGCUGCCACACUGGCAUCCCUGAAGAACUCGGUUGUGGAGGACCUUAGAGAAGUGUCCGCCCGAAUUGGCGAGGAUGCCUCAAAGACUGCAAACUACCUCAAGACCUCAUGGAACCCUGCAUACUUGACUGAGAGCUGGCAGCAAGUUCGGGAGUCUCGCCAAGCGCAGGACACCCUGGAUUGGGUAGACAUCAAGCACAAACAUGCCCAAAUCCAGUCAUGGCUCCUUUGGCUCAAGAUUACUCACCAGACGGACAAGCACAACACCUAUCUCGCCAAAGCCAAGAAGUACAUGUCUGACAAGAAGGCUGCAGCUGAGACUGCCAGCAAAGAGCGCUUGGAAAGAGAGAAUUUGGAAAUGCGAGCGCGUCGGAAGAGGGAGCGUCUCGAGGCUAGAUGUCAAUCAGGCUUCUCCCGUUGGACGCAGCAAUGCAAACAGCAGAUCUAA